GCUGCUGUCCUUGGCCACACCAUGGGGAGCCUGCGGAGACUCAGCCUGCUCUUUGUUGUCCUGGCCAGCCUCCUGUUACCUGGAGGAAGCGUGUUUAUUAACCGGGAGCGUGCCAGCAAUGUCCUGUCGAGAACUCGGAGGGCAAACUCAAUUUUUGAAGAGGUGAAGAAAGGAAAUCUGGAAAGAGAGUGUAUGGAAGAAAUUUGUUCUUAUGAAGAGGCCCGAGAAGUCUUUGAGGAUGAUAAGAAGACGAAUGAAUUCUGGAACAAAUACAAAGAUGGUGACCAGUGUGAAAGCAGUCCUUGCCAGAAUCAAGGCAAGUGUCGUGAUGGCUCCGGGGAGUACACAUGCACCUGCCUGGAGGGAUAUGAAGGCAAAAACUGUGAAUUGUUGGUUCGGAAACUCUGCAGCCUAGACAACGGAGACUGUGACCAGUUCUGCAGUGAAGAGCAGAACUCGGUGGUGUGUUCCUGUGCCAGCGGUUACUUCCUGGGUGAUGAUGGCAAGUCCUGCAUCUCCACAGUAUCCUUCCCCUGUGGGAAAACCACCACAGGACGCAAGAAGAGGGCCGUGGCUCAGAACACCAACGACAGUGAGCCUGUCACUGAAGACUUUAUUCAGGACUGGGAUUUGCUGUCCCCUACAAAGAGUCCUUCUGAGCUGCUCGACCUCAAUGCGACGCAACCCACAAAGGACAGCAAAAACCUUAUUCGGAUUGUGGGUGGCCGAGAAUGUGAUGAUGGAGAGUGUCCCUGGCAGGCUCUGCUCAUCAAUGAAAAAAAUGAGGGGUUCUGUGGGGGCACCAUCUUGAAUGAGUUCUACAUCCUCACGGCAGCCCACUGUCUGCACCAAGCCAAGCGAUUCAAGGUGAGGGUAGGCGACCGGAACACAGAGAAGGAGGAGGGCAAUGAGAUGUCGCACGAGGUAGAUGUGAUUAUAAAGCACAACAAGUUCGUGAAGGAGACCUACGACUUCGACAUCGCGGUGCUCAAGCUGAAGACGCCCAUCACGUUCCGCAUGAACGUGGCCCCUGCCUGCCUGCCUCAGAAGGACUGGGCCGAGGCCACACUGAUGACCCAGAAGUCAGGCAUCGUGAGUGGGUUCGGACGCACGCACGAGAAGGGCCGCCAGUCAAACAUCUUGAAGAUGCUGGAGGUGCCCUACGUGGACCGCAACACCUGCAAGCUUUCCAGCAGCUUCAGCAUCACACAGAACAUGUUCUGUGCUGGCUAUGACGCCAAGCUGGAGGAUGCUUGCCAGGGGGACAGCGGAGGCCCCCAUGUCACCCGGUUCAAGGACACCUACUUUGUGACUGGCAUUGUCAGCUGGGGAGAAGGGUGUGCGAGGAAAGGGAAGUACGGGGUCUACACGAAGGUCACGGCCUUCCUCAAGUGGAUAGACAAGUCCAUGAAAGCCAGGGUGGUGCCCACAUCUGAGAGCCCAAGGUCAAGUCCUUCAAGUCCUCCCCAUUAA